AUGAGUGAACAAUCCCAAACUAGCUUUAUCUUCAUUAACUCGAAUGAUCCAAUGAUGCCGAGUCAAGUUAUUAACGACGCUCAGCCAUUUAUCAAGCUUCCAUUCCCACCGGUGAUCGAUCCACGUGAUUUGAUUACUUUAAAUCCCGAUGGUCGUGAACCGUCUAGAGCACCAAAUGCCUUCAUUAUCUACCGAAAAUUGUUUAUUAAAACUGCAAAAGAUGAAGGAUAUUCUCUUCCUAUGUCUAUAAUUUCUUCUAUGGCUUCGAAAUCUUGGGAACAAGAAUCCGAAGUGGUUAAAAAUGAAUAUAAAAGAAUUGCAAAAGAAGCAUACUUAUAUCGAAAUGAGAUCUGCCCUAAACCCAAACGUGAAAGAAAAAAGAAACAAUGGAGUAUUAUUUCAUUCUCUAAAUCUUCUAAUAAACCAUCCGGAAAUAUUAAGUCCCCAAAGUCAUUUAACGGAGAUUUACAAUCACCUGUACCAACCUUGUCUCCAACUCCCGAAAAUAAUACUACUUUUACCGAAAUCGCUGAUAAUUCACCAAUCUUAAAUUUAGACUUAUUUGCCGAUUGGGAAAAUUUUUUAUAUCCUAGCCCAGAUUUAUCAACAUACACUGAUAGUGAAAUUAGCACCCCCGAAAUCAAUGAAUAUAAUUUUAAUCUUGAGAUUAAUUCUCCAUUACAAGUUCUCGAUAAUUUUUAUUCUCCAAUCCUAACCGAGGAACAACAGUUUAUUGAUAACUUAAUUAAUUCACCAAUCCAAACCGAACAACAAUUUAUCGAUAGCUUAAUUAAUUCUCCGAUACAAACUGAAGAACAAUUACUUAUCGAUGCAUUAGUUAAUAUUAAAGAUGCACCCUUAACGACUAUACUAGAUAAUCAACUUGGACUUGGAAUUUCUAAUACAGAGUACCUAAACAUACCCGAUAUUUCUUCGCCGAAUGAUUUCUAUAAUAAUCAAUUAACUUCCUCUAAUUUCUUGGAUACCACAUCCGCAUUAAUGGAUUUCAAUGAUUCCUAUUAUUUCUAA